AUGGAUAUUGAUUUGGAGUCGGAGCUCUUGUCACUCAUUACUCAACUAUUAUUCGAAACCAAUUUAGAUUGUGAGCAUUUUUAUUCCAUGGCAGCAUCAGUCAUUACUCAGAUAAUCUCUUUAGUCACCACAAUGGAUUUGCAUUCACAGCCAAAGCCAGAGUCCGAGAUCAUUCCACUCAUUACUCAAACUAUCUCUGUCUUUAACUCUAUGGAUUUCGAUUCUCAGCUGAAGCAGCUAGCGGAGUUCAUAUCAACCUUUUCUCGGAAAAUAUCUCUCGGUACCAACUCUAUUCAUUCAGAUUUAAGCAAUAAGCUGGAUUUAGAACUCGUGGCACUCUGUGAAAAGAUAGUGACUAUCGAACCGGAGCCGGAACUCAUGUCCCUCAUCUAUAAAAUAUUCUCUGUAGUCAUUUCUUUGAACUCGAAUCAAAUAAAGACUUUGGUAAGCUCCAUGGACUUGGAUUCACAGCCAAAGCCGGAGUCGAAGCUCAUGUCACUCAUUACUCAAACAAUCUCCCUGGUAAGCUCAAUGGAUUUGAAUUCUCAGCCAGAGUUGUUGUCGAAGCUCAUACUAGUCCUAAAAAGCUCUAUGGAUUCAGAAUCUAUUACGGAGCUGAAGUCAUUAUUACCUAAGACAUUAAGUCUUGAGCCGGAACCAGAGCUUAUCUCCUUCAUUCAUCAAAUAAUCUCAUGUAUUAUCUCUAAGCCGAGAAACUUGAAGGAUCUUGUUUGCUUGUGCCCUCAAGUACAAGUAAGCUUUGAAAAUGGAAAAUUUUCUGCGAGUGAAACGAGUAUGUCUAGUAACAAUGUAAAGUGGGAAUGUCUCCCUGGAAAUUGGAUGACAUACGAAUUCCCAGGAGAAGAUGGUAGCCAUUUUCGCUGCUUAGGUUGCAAUGGCAAGAAUCAUGGUGAAUAUAAGAAGGCUCCAGUUGAGAUCAAACAUCAUCUUCAUCGAAAACAUUCUCUCCAGCUAGGCUCGUUGAGAGAAAACGUCGGCAUUACUAGGCAAUGCUAUUGUUGUGAUAGAUAUCUCGACUCCACAUUCUAUUGUUGCUUGUCUUGCGAUUUUGCUAUGAAUAUGGCUUGUGUGAAGAAACCGGCAGUCUUAUAUAUAGACCGUGAAAGGUGGCAUGAACAUACUCUUGCUCUGUUUCCAAGGCAUGCUUCCUUAACUUGCAACCUAUGUGCUUUGGCUGAUGCAAGCUCCCCUAUCUACAUGUGCCCACCUUGUGACUUUGUUGCCCAUCUAAGAUGUAUCAACUUACCUCGUGUCAUAAGGAUAUCACGCCAUCACCAUCGUAUCUCUUUUACCCCUUCUUUUGACCAAGAAGAUUUGUUUUGUGGCGUUUGUCGCAAAAAGAUUGAUAAUGAUUACGGGGGAUACUUUUGCAUCAAAAAAGGUUGUUUGUAUGCAGUUCAUUCAAGAUGUGCCACACAAGGAAAUGUAUGGGACUGUAAAGAACUUGAGGGAGAGCCGGACGAGGAUAUUGAAGAGGUUGAGCCAUUUGUCAAGAUAAGCGAUGGAAUCAUAAAACAUUUCAGUCAUGAAGAACAUCAUUUGAGACUUGAUGAUAACUCAUAUCGAGAUUACGACGAGAACAAGGAGUGUGGAGCAUGUAUCACGCCAAUCUAUUUCGGUAAUUUUUAUUCCAGUAUGCAAUGUGACUUCAUACUCCACCAAGAAUGUGCAAAUCUUUCUCUAAAAAUAUAUCACCCUAUACAUCCACAUCUACUCACUCAACGAUAUUUCCGUAGAGUGGAUGAAUCUUUUGUAUGUGAAGCUUGUUUCCGGUACUGCGUAGCGGGUUUCUUCUAUGAGUGUGUCAAAGGAGACUGUAACUUCCGUCUACACGUGCAGUGCGCAAAAAUCUCCGAGCCAUUAGUCCAUGGAAGUCAUAGGCAUCCGUUGUUCCUAACAUCAAAACCAAAGGAGCGAAGAGUUUGUUCGGUUUGCGAAGAUGCUGAACAUGACACAUUCAACUGCAUUAUUUCUGACUGUGACUUUGCUUUGUGUUUUAAAUGUGCUACUUUACCUGAAAAGGUGAGGUAUAAGCAUGAUAAUCACACGCUCACUCUUUCUUAUGGGGAUGGAACAAGUACCAUGACGUAUUGGUGCGAAGUUUGCGAGGAAAAAGUAGAUCCCAAACGAAGGUUUUAUGUGUGUGAUGAGUACUGUUGUGUCACCUUACACAUUGAGUGUUUGCUUGGCCGGGACUUAUACAUGAAGCGUGGUUCGUACUAUCUUGGCGAAUUCGAUGAAAAGAGAAGCUUUGUGGCACAAGCCAUUGUUGAGAGGAAGGUUCAUAUAGUGUAUUUGGGUGAGAAGCAGCAUGAUGAUCCUGAGUUUGUCACGGAAUCUCACCAUCAAAUGCUGUGGUCACUUCUUGGAAGUAAAGAAGAUGCCCAUGAGUCAUUGGUGUAUAGUUACCGACAUGGCUUCUCAGGUUUUGCGGCAAAACUUACCAAGUCCCAAGCCAAGAAAAUAGCAGAUGUACCGGAAGUUGUUCAUGUAAUACCGGAUAGUUUCUAUAAGCUGAAAACAACUCGGACUUGGGAUUACUUAGGCCUUUCAGCUGCCAAUCCAAAGAAUCUUCUAAAUGAAACUAAUAUGGGAGCACAAAGUAUCAUUGGUGUCAUCGACACAGGAGUAUGGCCUGAGUCUGAAGUAUUUAACGACCAUGGGAUUGGGCCGGUGCCAAGCCACUGGAAAGGAGGAUGUGAAUCAGGAGAAGCUUUCAACUCCUCUCACUGUAACAAAAAGCUCAUAGGAGCCAAGUAUUUCAUCAAUGGUUUUCUAUCUGAAAACGAAAGUUUCAACUCCACAGAAUCACUUGAUUUCAUUUCUCCUAGAGACCUUGAUGGUCAUGGCACACAUGUUUCCACCAUUGCGGGCGGCUCAUACGUGCCCAACAUAAGCUACAAGGGCCUAGCUGAAGGGACAGUGAGAGGUGGGGCAUCUCGUGCGCGUAUAGCUAUGUACAAGGUUUGUUGGUAUCUGGAUGAUGAAGACAUUACGAGUUGUUCAUCUGCUGACAUCUUAAAAGCUAUGGACGAGGCUAUGCAUGAUGGUGUUGAUGUUCUGUCAAUCUCUCUAGGCUCUGACGUUCCUAUGUAUGGUGAAACUGAUAUUCGCGAUGGGAUAACUACUGGAGCAUUUCAUGCAGUCUUAAAGGGUAUAACUGUUGUAUGUGCCGGUGGUAACUCUGGCCCUGAGGCUCAGACCGUAACAAACACAGCUCCUUGGAUUGUGACUGUGGCUGCAACUACUCUUGACCGGUCCUUUGCCACACCUAUUACACUUGGGAAUAAUAAAGUGAUAUUGGGGCAAGCAAUGUAUACAGGUCCAGAAGUUGGCUUCACUAGCUUGGUUUACCCAGAGAACCCAGGGAAUAGCAACGCAAAUUUUUCUGGUACUUGUGAGGAACUAUCCGUUAAUUCUAAUCUUACAAUGGUGGGGAAAGUCGUGUUGUGUUUCACACCAUCACCCUACAGUGCUUCUGCAUCAAGUGCUGCACGUUCAGUGAAGAAAGCCGGUGGGCUCGGUGUAAUCAUCGCAAGACAGCCAGGCUACGCUAUCCGACCGUGUCCUGAUGAUUUCCCUUGUGUUGCUGUUGAUUGGGAGCUCGGAACUGAUAUACUUCUAUACAUACGGUCCAGCGGAUUGCCUGUUGUGAAGAUAAAAACCUCUAGAACACUCAUCGGACAACCAGUGGGUACAAAGGUGGCAACGUUCUCAUCAAGAGGACCUAAUUCGAUUGCAGCUGCGAUCCUCAAACCUGAUAUAGCAGCACCGGGAGUGAGCAUAUUGGCGGCUACAACCACCAAUACCACUUUCAACGACCAAGGAUUCAUUAUGAUGUCAGGAACAUCAAUGGCGACUCCUGCAAUUUCAGGAGUUGUUGCACUUCUGAAAGCUCUGCACCGCGAUUGGUCUCCUGCAGCCAUUAGAUCAGCCAUUGUCACUACAGCUUGGAGAACAGAUCCAUUUGGAGAGCAGAUAUUUGCUGAAGGGUCACCUCGGAAGCUAGCUGAUCCGUUCGAUUAUGGUGGCGGUCUUGUGAAUCCAGAGAAAGCAGCAAAACCAGGUCUUGUAUAUGACUUGGGCCUCGAAGACUAUGUUCUCUACAUGUGCUCUGCUGGUUACAACGAGUCAUCGAUCUCUCAGCUUGUCGGAAAAGCAACAAUCUGUUCUAAUCCCAAACUAUCUAUUCUUGAUUUCAACUUGCCUUCCAUCACAAUCCCAAACCUGAAAGACGAAGUGACUCUCACUAGAACCCUCACUAACGUUGGACCACUCGACUCAGUCUAUAGAGUAGUGGUUGAGCCACCGUUGGGUUUUCAAGUGACCGUGGAGCCAAAGACACUAGUAUUCAACUCUCAGACCAAAAGGGUCUCCUUUAAAGUCAGAAUCUCAACCACACACAAAAUCAACACAGGUUACUACUUUGGAAGCUUGACUUGGAGUGACUCUGUGCAUAACGUUACAAUUCAUGUCUCUGUAAGAACGCAGAUUCUGCAGAACUAUUACGAUGAAAACUGAACCUAUAAUAAAGUCUAACCAUUUGUGAGCUCUCCUAAUGUAUAUUACAAGUUACACGUUUACACA